AUGGCGUCGACGAAGCAGUGCUUUAUCGAAGAGAUCGUCGAGCCCAUUAGGCUCUACAACGUGCCGCAUCAUUCAAAUGAUGGGGAUGGGGAUACAAGAGCUGUACCGGUAGAGCAACAUUCCAUCUCGGAUUUCGAUGUGUUGAGUAGUCGUUUGGAUAGCAUGCGAGGGAGGGAGCACGUAUAUCGCUUUAUCUCAAUCUGCCAGAGGAACUCAUGGAGGCCUUUGCAGAUCACCGUUUCCAUGUUUAAGCUACUCAUAGAAAAGCUGAGCUUGAAUAACUCCAUACGGGAUAUUGUGUCAUUCUUCUACAUGCGAAACAUGCAUACGGAGGAAGUCUUGUCCAUGCCGUACAACGAGCGACGAAAGGGAUCAGUGGUCGAAGCGUCGUACACCCUUCGAUAUCCAGAACACAAGCCCGAUCUGGACAAAUGGGUGAUUCGUCAGACUGGGGUGUACCAUCGCUGCGAUUCAACAUCUGGUCAGACUCUGUUCAUCAUGUUCAACCCUGUACCAAAUGCAAAAGCCAGUAUCACAGCAGCCGAAUGGCUGUCCAGCCGAGUCCAAGGGUCCGACACCGACCCCGUCUGGCUACACAAGAUCCUUCUGGAGACGUACUUCCCGGCGUGGAGGUUCUAUAUCGCAUCCCUAGAGCGACAGUUUCUACCUCUGUCGUACAACACGCUGGUAAACUUCAUCAAUGAACCCUCAACACUGAAUCCAAGCCACUUGACGACGCUCGUCAACCUCUCGAACCAUUUCCUGACGACCUCAUCCAUCCUGAACUCGUCUGAAGAGACAUUGAGGGAGCUUUCGAACCUAUGCGCCCAUUGCUUGAAGGGAACGAAUGCAGACUUGCUCCAGGAGUCCACCUCGGAGUUUGAGAAUUUCCAGCGCCAGUGUAGAAUAUUCUCACGGACGGCGACGGACCUGUAUCAUCGCGUGCAAACAACCUCGCAGCUGCUCGCCAACACUCUUUCUUUCCGCGAGCAGCUCGACUCCAGGAAGCAAAAUGAGAAUAUGCUGCGCUUGAACAAGUCGGUGGUGUUUAUUACUACUCUGACACUACUCUACUUGCCGCCUUCUUUUAUAGCUACCUUCUUUGGAAUGAACUUUUUCGACAUGGACUCUGUGACCGGUAGAAUCAUCAGCAGUCCGAUGAUCUGGAUAUAUGUGCUCGUUUCUGUCCUCCUCACUACGGCAACCUUUGGAACGUAUUACACGAUGCGGGAAGGAAGCUUCCUCAACGCAAAGGUAUCAGGGUUGAGAGCCCUGAGCUGGCGGGGCCUGUUUUAUCGGAAACAGCACAACAAGGACGUCGAGCUGGACGAUCUACCGGUUUGA